AUGGUGGUCCAACAACAUGUCCUCAACUGGCUCUACAGCGUCCUGACAAGUGAAUACCAUGAUGUCAACCGGACAUACAACGAUGUGGCCCAGGCCUUGUCGCAGUAUCCGUCGCUGUCCCCCAGGACUGAUGUUCACACCUUCCCCAAUGGCACCUCGGCCCUGCUCCUCCAUCUGUCAGGCACAAUACCGGUCCUCUUCCGCGGCGCAACCUAUCGCUUCCCCAUAUCACUAUGGGUGCCCCAUGCUUACCCGCGCGAGCCCCCCCUGGUCUACGUGACCCCGACCGCGACCAUGGUCGUGCGCCCCGGCCAGCACGUCGAUCCGCAGGGUCAGGUUUAUCAUCCUUACCUUGUCGGCUGGUCAACCUUUUGGGAUAAAUCCACCAUUCUCGACUUCCUUACCAUCCUCCAGGGCGUAUUUGCCAAGGAACCACCUGUUGUCGCCCGCCAAGGUCCGCCACCUCCCACCCAGCAGACACCUACUCCUCCCCCUGUGCCCCCGCUACCGCCAGAUCUCGCUCCAACACCGGCCAGUCGCAUGAAAUCUGCCAGUCCGCAAGAAGCUAGGCCACCUCCGCCCCCGCCGAAGCCUGGGACUCAAAUUGUGCCCCACCAGCAGCCGUCCUCGGCUCCCGUACAACAUGUCGGCCCGGCAGCCCCGCCGCCGCCGCCCAAGAUUAGCGGUCCUCCAAACCAUUCUGUACAGGAGUCGGCAAACAUUCCUCAAGAGCAGCCCGCUCGAGCUGGGCCUUCGCGGUAUGAUGCAGCACCGCCGCUGCCGCCGCAAGCGUCACACCCUUCCCCUUCAUCCUCGCCGAGUGGACCACUGUCUCCUCCUGCGCAAAAUCUAGGUUCACAACACCCUCCGCAGUACCAUGGUCCUCCACCAGCUGGUUUCCGAUCAGGCCCGCAGCAGCCACCCUUUCCACCCACCGACCCCCGACGAAUAGCCACCUCCACCCAGCCACAGACAUACAACGCCUCUCACCCAACCUGGCAACAGCCACCACCUCCCAUGCAACCUCAGUCUACGCCCAAACCGCCGCCUCCACCAGACCUAAUGGACGACGACUUGACUCUUGCCAUCCCCUCACCGUCAACCGUGGCACCACCACCAAUUCCGCCCAACCCGGAAAAAGACCAUCUCUUACACCAGUUGGCCCAAACCCUUCACGCUUUCCGGCAGAAGACGCGCUCUCAGAACACCGCCUCCCUGCAGGGCCUUCAGGCGCAGCGCGCAGCCAUGCUCCAUGCCAUGACAACCCUGCAGAUGGAAGCCGCCCAGCUCACCCAAUUAACAAACCUCCUCACCUCCAACACAUCCAUCCUGCAGGACUCUCUGCGCAAGGCCGACAAAGUCAUUCAGGAUUCGGCCAGCCACCCGAAGCCGGACAUCGACGAGUUGCUGGUCGCGCCGACCGUGGUGGGCAACCAGCUGUACGAGCUCGUCGCAGAGGAGCGCGCGCUGGCGGACGCGAUCUUCAUGCUCGGGAGGGCUGUCGAGAGGGGCCGGAUUGCGCCGCAGACGUUUGCGAAGAUGACGAGGGGAUUGGCGAGGGAGUGGUAUCUGAAGAAGGCGCUGGUGAAGAAGAUUGGAAGGGGGAUGGGGCUAGCCGGGUAG